AUGACAGCAACAAGCCUGCAACAAGUCCGAGUUCCUAGCCGACCGUCACUCCGGAUCAUACAACAUGUGCGCGCCGCCUCGUCCUCAUCGUACGCAGCCAAGCCCCGAGUCGCCUCAUCAUCAUCCUCCUCCUCCACCGUAGCCCCAGCCCCCGCGCCGCACAGGACAAGAAACGUGACACCCAAGCCGCCCACCAGCGAAAUCAACGGCCCUCUCGACCCGCAGGCGGCCGUGCUGCCGGCCGCGACCGUCGCCGACGUCGACCCGGCGCUGGCCGCCGAGAUCCCGACCAGCGACUCGCCCAGUUCGGGGCUGGCCACCUCGGCUUUCACAGCCGCGCUGAGCGGCGGGGGCGGCGGCAACAACGGCACCGGCGCCGACUCCGGCGGCGCUACCAUCGACUGGUCGUCGUCGUUCCACGGCCUGUCGACGACGCCCUUCAGCCCCGAGACGGCCGCCGUGCUGAUGCAGCCGCUGGACCCGCUCGACAUCGAGAUCAAGCCGGACGGCAUCAUCUACCUGCCCGAGAUCAAGUACCGGCGCAUCCUCAACAAGGCCUUCGGGCCCGGCGGGUGGGGGCUGGCGCCGCGCGGCGAGCUGGUCGUCGGCGAGAAGGUGGUGACGAGGGAGUUUGCGCUCGUCGUGCACGGCCGGUUCAUCGCCCAGGCCCGCGGCGAGUGCCAGUACUUCUCCGAGGAGACGAUCCCGACGGCGGGCGAGGGGUGCAAGUCGAACGCGCUGCUGCGGUGCUGCAAGGACCUGGGCAUCGCGUCGGAGCUGUGGGACCCGCGCUUCAUCCGCGACUUCAAGCGGACGCAGUGCCACGAGGUCUGGGUCGAGCACGUCGUGACCAAGAAGCGCCGCCAGAUCUGGACCCGCAAGGACACCGAGCCCAGCCAUCCCUACCAGGCGAUCAAGACCGGGGCCGGCAGGGUCUGA